AUGGCUGUGUCCAAGUUUAUUGAGUACAUUGAUGAUGCUUUAGAAAAAUCCAGAGAAACCGCCCUUUCCCGCUUAUUCUUCACCUAUGAGGGAAUUCCUUACCCAGUCACCAUGUGCACCUCAGAGACUUUCCAAGCGCUGGACACCUUCGAAGCCAGAAGCGAUGACAUUGUGCUGGCAUCCUACCCCAAGUGUGGUUCAAAUUGGAUUCUUCACAUUGUCAGUGAAUUAAUAUUUACUGUUACCAAAAGAAGAUACGAAUAUCCAGAAUUCCCAGUACUUGAAUGCGGAGACUCAGAAAAGUACGAGAGAAUGAAACAGUUUCCAUCACCAAGGAUUCUGACAACGCAUCUCCAUUAUGACAGAUUACCUUGGUCCAUCGUUAAGAAUAAAGUCAAGAUAUUGGUGAUAUUUCGAAACCCCAAAGAUACGGCCGUAUCUUUUUUUCAUUUCCACAAUGAUGUCCCUGAUAUUCCAAGCUAUGCUUCCUGGGAUGAGUUCUUCAAGCACUUCAUGAAAGGACAAGUUUCUUGGGGAAGCUAUUUUGAUUUUGCAAUUAACUGGAGCGAACACCUUGAUGAUGAAAAUGUCAAGCUCAUAUUAUAUGAAGACCUGAAAGAGAAUCUGGCCACUGGCAUAAAACAAAUAGCUGAAUUCUUUAAAUUCUCUCUAACUGGGGAGCAGAUUCAAACUAUCUCUGCCGGGAGCACCUUCCAAGCAAUGCGAGAAAAGUCUCAGGAGACCCAUGGCGCUGUUGGUCCCUUCCUGUUUCGCAAAGGUGAAGUUGGGGAUUGGAAAAACCUGUUCAGUGAAGCUCAGAACCAGGAAAUGGAUGCAAAAUUCAAAGAAUGCUUAAGUGGCACUUCCUUAAGGGCAAAACUGAAGCAUGACUCGUAUUGCCAGAACUGACUCAAGCUAAGUUGACAGGCCUGGGUAUUUUCUGUUCUUUAAUAACAACGAACUUAAAUAAUUAAAUAAGAAUUCAAACAAUCAAACAGUGGUAAUUAUAUGACACUUAACUCUGAAUAAUAUAAAUUUAAGAAUGAUAACAUCUUAACUUUUUGAGUACUAAUUUAAGUUUAUCCACUUUUGAAAGGAAAAGUAUUUAUCUUUCCAAGAAACCAUUAUUAAUGUGUUGCAUGUGGACUUCUUUCACACUGUGUGAAUUAUCACAAAACUGUAACGAGAUACUAUCAGAAAUAUACCUGCAUCUGUGUCUGAGAAUAGAUGAAAUAGUUCCCAAAUGAUAUACAAAUUUUUUGUUCUUCCCUUGGAAAAAUGUUCCUUUUUUCUCACUAUACAUCAAAGUACUUAUAGUGGCUCUGUCAAACUUACUGUUGGGUAAAGUUUAAUUCUGAUGGUGUAUUGACAUAAGACUAAUAAAUCCUAUUGUAAUUUGGUAGAA